UCAUACAUCCUAAGCUUGUUUCAUCAAAUCCCCAAUUCAUCAAUUCAUAAUGGCUCUGUCUUUGUCUUCUGCAAUGCUUAUCAUUUGCUUUCCGAUUUUGUUGCUCGUCGGAGAUGCAGUGCGCGAAAUGCCCGAUCAAGUGUCGAUGCCAAACACAAAACUCAGCAAUGUCACAGACAAUACUAGACUUGGAUAUUACGUUCAAGUAGCAACUUUAAGAUUUCCUAUUUUCACUAGAACAAGCUGGGCUGGUGACUGUUUUCAAAGCAACUCUGGUUGGCUGUCAACUAAUAUAGAUUACUCAGCUGGCUGGAUUAUGAUUGAGAGUACAAAUCCAAGAAGCUAUACAUGUACAGAUUCUUAUGAAUUUAGAGCAGGAAGUGAAGUGAUAGCAACAGACACUUUCUAUACCACUUUAACAAAUCCACAUGAAACAAUGUUUUUUCCAACAUCUGCACAAAAACAUGAAAUACAUGUAAACGGAAUUGGCGUUUUUUUGAAAAAGUCAUCUGUAACCAAAGGCGACGAGAGUGGACGUGACCUUCUAAAACAGGUGGUGGAGACAAUUUGAAUGGUAAAAUAAACGGCCGGCGAGCUUACUCGUUAGUUUGCUAUAAAUAAUUGAAAUAAAAAGCUUUAUGUUGCUUUAUCGUUGUUUAAAGUUACUGUCUGUAUAAAAUAAAAUUCACACAUGUUUAUAAACAUGGGAAUUUUAUUUCUGCUUGUGACUUAUUGUCCCAUAAUAUGAUGAUGUUGCAAUUUGAAUUCGAGCUAAUGGCAUCUGCUUUGUGUUUCUUUUU